AUGUUGGCAUCGAACCCAGGCCGGGACCUUCUGGCGAGCCUUCCCGACGAGCUCGUGGCGCACAUCCUCGCGGCGCUGCCGCUGCGCACGCUCUCCGUCUCGAGCCGAGCCAGCCGCCUCUUCGCUCGCAUCAGAGCCCGGCUGGAAGCUGAUCGCAUCAGCUGCGCUCUCGAGCUGCAAAGGUUCCCUUUCCGUGACGGCAUCCGGCCACACACAAAGGAGGGCUCGGACGCGUUCUUCCGCGACCGCUCCCUGCGAGACGCGGAUGUGAAGGUGCUCGCCAAGGCCUGCGCCUGCGGCGCGCUGGCGACGUGCCGCGAGCUUCACCUAUCGUUCAACUCGCUGGCCGACGGCGGGCUCGCCGAGCUCGCAUCCUCCUUCUCCUGGGUGACCAUGGACAGCCUGCGCUGCCUCUCACUCUACAAGAACGCCAUCGGCGACGCCGGCACCGCCGCCCUCGGCCGUGCGGUCUCGUCGGGCGCCCUGCCCGCCCUCGAGACGCUGCUGCUGAACAACAACCAGGUGGGAGAUGAGGGCGUCGCCGCGCUCGCCGCCGCGGCUGCGGGAGGCAAGCUCCAGCUCCUCUCCAAGCUGAGCCUCUCUGCGAAUCGGAUCGGCGACGCGGCGCGGGAGAUCUGCUGCCGCGGCGCCUUCCCGCUCUGCGGCGUGGAGGGGCGGCGGCACAUGAGCAUCUUCCUGAUGGACAACCCCGCCAAGGCCCGGCCCGUCUACUCGGCCUUCUCGUGGAGGCGCAGCGGCAAGGGCGCAAGCUGA